AUGGCGGCUUCUGUGCCGACGCCGCGCGCGACUGGCUCCCAGGCCGAGGGCCAGUGCGGUUACUAUGUGGCAAAGAAGAAGAGAUUCUGCCGGAUGGCGGUGGCAGCCGGGAAAAGGUUCUGCGGCGAACACGCUGGUGCCGCGGAGGGAGAAAGUGCUCGGAAGAGAAUCCUGUGCCCUUUAGAUCCGAAACACACAGUGUAUGAAGAUCAACUAGCAAAGCAUUUGAAAAAAUGUAAUUCAAGAGAGAAGCCAAAACCGGACUUCUUUGUUCAAGAUAUUAAUGCCGGCUUGAAGGAUGAAGCAGAAAUACUUGAACAAUUAGUUCCAAUUUCUUCUCUCCCUGAAGAGCAGUUGGGAAAUUUAAUUACGAAAUUGAAAAAAGCAACUGAAGGUCUGAACUCCACACUCAGAGACCAAAUUAUGUCCCACCCAGCAUUGCACGAUGCCCUUACUGACCCUAAAAAUGGUGACUCUGCAACCAAACACCUGAAACAGCAGGCUUCUAUUUUAGGUAACAUUGAAAAGUUAAAGUUACUUGGUCCAAGAAGAUGCUUUGUUGAGUUUGGCGCAGGAAAGGGAAAAUUGUCUCACUGGGUUGAUGUUGCCUUAAAAGAUGCUGAGGAAGUUCACUUCGUCCUGGUAGAAAAGGUGACCACGAGGUUCAAGGUUGACGGCAAACACAGAAAGAAAAACGCAGUGUUUGAAAGACUUCAGAUUGACAUUCAGCACCUGUGUUUGAACAAGAUUCCCGUGCUCAGCAGAGAGAAGCUGCCGGUGGUGGGGAUCGGGAAGCACCUGUGCGGUGUGGCUACGGAUCUGGCGUUGCGAUGUCUGGUCGGAGCCUGUGGUGCCCGUGGUGAGGAAGGGAAUGAGGAGCCCACAGCCAAACGCAUGAAGAACAAUGCAGCGGACCGAGAAACUCCUGCCGAGGCCGAGGAAGGCAGCGAUGGAACAGCCCCGGAGCAGUGCGGCCUUGUGGCUGGCAUUGUCAUCGCGCUCUGCUGUCACCACAGGUGUGACUGGAGACACUACGUGGGCAGAGAGCACUUCCGGGCGCUAGGUCUCGGUGCCCUUGAGUUCCACUACUUCCAGAGGAUGAGCAGCUGGGCGACCUGCGGCCUGCGGGGCGCAUCCAUGGCAGCCUCGGGUGGCCCCGAGAGGAGAGGCGGCCCGGCUGCGGACAGCGAGGAGCACGACAGUGGGGGACACCCGGUCACCGAUGACCAGGCUGAGAGCCCACCUGGGUGCCUUACUGUUGAGGAAAAGGAGGAGGUCGGGCGCCUGUGUAAGCUGCUGAUUGACCACGGCCGGGCCGAGUACCUGCGGCGCCACGGGUUCCGGCCCGCCCUGCAGCGCUACACGGAGCCCGCGGUGUCUCCGGAGAACGUGCUGCUCACCGCCGUGCCGCACCGGCCCUGCCCCGCGCCGGGAGCCUCCGCCUAA